AUGGUGUCUGGUUACGUGUUGGCUGAUAUGUGGGGCGAGGCAUUUGACCUGCUGCAGUGGGUUCCUGGGGUGAACAUUGUCACAUGGAAUGCGGUUGCGGCAAGAAAUUUGAAGGCGGGGAACGACGGCGAGGUGAUGAGGUUGGUGUCGCAGAUGAGGAGUUGCCAUGGUCCGGGGCUGGAUUCUGUGACUGUUGUGAUUGGCCUCAGGGCAUGUUCUAGGAGUGGGUAUCUGAGGAUUGGCAAGGAGUUGCAUGCUGUGUCUAUUCGUCUAUGUUUUGAUAGGCUUGAGCGCGCGGAGAGUUCAUUGAUCACAAUGUACUCCAAAUGUCAGAUGAUGAGCUCUGCAUAUUGCCUGUUCAGAACACGCUCAACUCAGAGCAUAGUAACAUGGAAUUCAUUGCUACCAGGAUAUGCAUUCAUGGACCAGGUUGAGGAAGCUAUUUUGCUUUUCAGAGAUGAUUUAUUCCUCUGUCUUUCCAAAUGA